GUUAGCCAAGGAGGGCUUGAUAAACUGGAGCCCUGUGGCUCAGAUGGGACUGGGAUCGCGGUGCUUUGGGAGACUCAUUAGCGAUGGCUGGCCUGAAGGCAGAGGCUGCACUGUGGGGAGGACCGUGGAGUGCGGACCCUCACAGACACGGGGCGCCCGUCGCUAACACGCUAAUGGCUGACCCCUGGGCUGAGAGAUCCCCGUUGCAUGAGGCUGCUCUGCAUGGUCGGCUGCUCGUGCUCAGGACCCUCGUGGCACAGGGUUUUGACGUGAACAUCGUCACCCUGGACAGAGUGUCUCCUCUUCACGAAGCCUGUCUUGGAGGCCACCUUAACUGUGCCAGACUAUUGCUGGACAGCGGGGCAGAUGUGAGCAUGGCGACGGUCGAUGGCGCCACCCCACUGUUCAAUGCGUGCGUCAGCGGCAGCGUGGCCUGCGUGAGGCUCCUCCUGGAACGCUGCCCCUCCCCCGAUCCCACCUACCCAGGGGCCUCCCCCAUCCACGAGGCUGCAAAGAGAGGUCACAGGGAAUGUAUGGAGCUCCUGCUGGCCAGCGGGGUGGAUAUCGACUCGGAGGUUCCACGGCUGGGAACGCCGCUGUUCACCGCCUGUCUCUUCCGGAGAACGGACUGUGUGGAGAGACUCUUACAGCUCGGAGCCGACGUGCACAGAGGGAGGGCCGGGGACGUGCCGCUCCACGCCGCCGCCCGGGUCGACUGCCCGGUCGCCGCUGAGCUGCUCACAGACUACGGCGCCAACUGCUGGAGAAGGAACAGCGACGGGAAGAGACCCGUUGAACUGGCUCCGGCCAAUGGCGCCGCAGCGAGGGUGCUGCUGCUUCGACAAGGCCCUUCCACUCUAGCUCAGCUCUGCAGGUUCCGCAUAAGGCAGGAUCUCGGGAGGGUGCGACUUCACAAGGUGUCCAGCCUCUGCCUUCCCCUCUGCCUCAGUGACUUUCUGCAUUAUCGAUGAUGUGAGGAAACCUGCCCAGGCCAUCUGAAUGAUACCGCAUCUGCCAAUUUUUACUCCCUAGCAUUCGUCUGUUGUUUGUUAAACUUUUUAAAACUUGUUAAAUGACAAACACUGUGACACUCUCAGGUAAGCCAGUAUUACUCCUCAGAUGAUAUCCCUAACAAUUUGGACUCCUCUUCUCAUUAAUGUUUUAUAAGUUACUCCGAAAUGCUAUGGAUUCUGAUACUGAGUUGUAAAUAAUAAAACGUUUUUAUUUUCUGGCUUGAAGAACUGUUAUGAUAAAAUAAGAUGAACUUUAUUGAUCCCGCGAAGGGAAAUAUCACAACACAGCAGCAGACAUAGAGAAGAGCAGACACACAGCAUAAGAGCAUGGCAGUGGUGUCUUAAUAGUUAGGGAAGUGCACUUGUAAUUGAAAGAUUGCUGGUUUGAAUCCACUGCAAGCAAGGCACCACUGAGGUUCCCUGAGCGAGCAACUGCUCCCCGGGUGCUGAAUUAGCUGCCCCCUGCACAUAUGGGUUAAAUGCAGGGGACACAUUUUGUUGUUGUGUGCUGUGGUGCGUCAACAAUGACAACUGAUCAUCUAAUUCUAAAACUCAAAAUUAUAGCAUGCAUAGCUUUCCUGAAGCUAGUGACAUUAGCUGCAAGGAUUGCUGAAAUGCUUCUUUGGUGCAAGAAAUUGUUUGCUAAGGCACAUACCAAAAUGACCUUCCUGUGAGUCAGCAUAACCAGCUUUAAGCCCAGAGAUGCUAAAGUUCUAAUGCUAAUACUGCUGGUGCUGAUUUCCAGCACAGGAAAACAAGCCGAGUUGACAGUGAAGGUUGUAAGUGUAGCACAACCAUGUUAUUUAAUUUUAAUUAUGAGCCUUACAAUUUUUGGCUAAUUUGGUUUAGCAGAAAUGAUGACAUAAAUAGCCUUGGCAGAAGCUAAAGAGUGCUUAAUGCUGGGGAUUGAUAAGGCUUGUACUCUAUUUUGAAGAAAGGCCCGUGCUCUUUACGUUCUCAUCCCAGAGAAUAACACCCACUGGUCAAAAGGCACUCACUCAUAUAAUCUUUAUAGUGUUAAGUGAUGUAAUUACUGAAAGUUAUUAAAGUGGUGCUGAAAUGUGCUUAAAAUGGAUCAUUAUAUGUCAGUGGUGUAGCCAGAAAUGAAAUUGCAGGUGGGCCAGAAUAAAAGUGGGUAGGCAAUACAAUCCGAUGUAGUACUUAUAGUACAGUAUUUUACUAGUACAGUGGUACCUUGGUUUACGAGCAUAAUUCGUUCCGGAAACAUGCUUGUAAUCCAAAGCACUCGUAUAUCAAAGCGAAUUUUCCCAUUAGAAAUAAUGGAAACUCAUAUGAUCCG